AUGGUGCUGGUCAGUCAAUCUGAUGGUGCUGGUCAGUCAUCUGAUGGUGCUGGUCAGUCAUCUGAUGAUGGUGCUGGUCAGUCAUCUGAUGGUGCUGGUCAGUCAUCUGAUGGUGCUGGUCAGUCAUCUGAUGGUGCUGGUCAGUCAUCUGAUGGUACUGGUCAGUCAUCUGAUGAUGGUGCUGGUCAGUUGUCUGAUGGUGCUGGUCAGUCAUCUGAUGAUGGUGCUGGUCAGUCAUCUGAUGGUGCUGGUCAGUCAUCUGAUGGUGCUGGUCAGUCAUCUGAUGAUGGUGCUGGUCAGUCAUCUGAUGAUGGUGCUGGUCAGUCAUCUGAUGGUGCUGGUCAGUCAUCUGAUGAUGGUGCUGGUCAGUCAUCUGAUGGUGCUGGUCAGUCAUCUGAUGGUGCUGGUCAGUCAUCUGAUGGUGCUGGUCAGUCAUCUGAUGGUACUGGUCAGUCAUCUGAUGAUGGUGCUGGUCAGUUGUCUGAUGGUGCUGGUCAGUCAACUGAUGGUACUGGUCAGUCAUCUGAUGGUGGUGCUGGUCAGUCAUCUGAUGGUGCUGGUCAGUCAUCUGAUGGUACUGGUCAGUCAUCUGAUGAUGGUGCUGGUCAGUCAUCUGAUGGUGUGGUGCUGUCAUCUGAUGGUGCUGGUCAGUCAUCUGAUGGUGCUGGUCAGUCAUCUGAUGGUGCUGGUCAGUCAUCUGAUGGUGCUGGUCAGUCAUCUGAUGGUGCUGGUCAGUCAUCUGAUGGUGCUGGUCAGUCAUCUGAUGAUGGUGCUGGUCAGUCAUCUGAUGAUGGUGCUGGUCAGUCAUCUGAUGGUGCUGGUCAGUCAUCUGAUGAUGGUGCUGGUCAGUCAUCUGAUGGUGCUGGUCAGUCAUCUGAUGGUGCUGGUCAGUCAUCUGAUGAUGGUGCUGGUCAGUCAUCUGAUGGUGCUGGUCAGUUGUCUGAUGGUGCUGGUCAGUUGUCUGAUGGUGCUGGUCAGUUGUCUGAUGGUGCUGGUCAGUCAUCUGAUGGUGCUGGUCAGUCGUCUGAUGGUGCUGGUCAGUCAUCUGAUGGUGGUGCUGGUCAGUCAUCUGAUGGUGCUGGUCAGUUGUCUGAUGGUGCUGGUCAGUUGUCUGAUGGUGCUGGUCAGUUGUCUGAUGGUGCUGGUCAGUCAUCUGAUGGUGCUGGUCAGUCGUCUGAUGGUGCUGGUCCAUUGUCUGAUGGUGCUGGUCCAUUGUCUGAUGGUGCUGGUCAGUCAGCUGAUGGUGCUGAUGUUAUUGGUCUUAUGGCUGUAGAUGUCAUUGGUCUUAUGGCUGUAGAUGUCAUUGGUCUUAUGGCUGUAGAUGUCAUUGGUCUUAUGGCUGUAGAUGUCAUUGGUCUUAUGGCUGUAGAUGUCAUUGGUCUUAUGGCUGUAGAUGUCAUUGGUCUUAUGGCUGUAGAUGUCAUUGGUCCUAUGGCUGUAGAUGUCAUUGGUCCUAUGGCUGUAGAUGUCAUUGGUCUUAUGGCUGUAGAUGUCAUUGGUCCUAUGGCUGUAGAUAUGCUAAUAGCCCAAUGUCUUGACACAUAUGGUCACGUGUCUCCCGUCGUUGAUUCAACAAAAGCCAAUAGAACACGAUAA